AUGGAAGACCGGCCUGCCUCUGCGCUGGCGACUGACAAGAAACUGUCCUCUGAGCCCACAACUCCACCAGCGAAUGGGUUCACAGCUCAAAAGCAUGAUCAGGCACAAGAUACCGACGAAGAGCAUGCAUCUAAGGCUACGCCAUCCGCCGCAGAGGAUGACGAGUACAUCAAUAAUCCAUUUGACGAUGAGGACUAG